AGCAAAAGCCAAAAUCUUAUUUUUGGUUCAUUUUUACUUCUUGUUAAAAAAAGGAGGGGAAGUUAGUUAGGCCGAUCUCCAAAAAAGAAAAAACAAUCAUUUUUUUCUUUUUGGUAAUUCAAUUGGCUAGCACCACCAAAAUAACGAACAAAGAAAGAGAAGAAGACGAAGAAGAAUUGCAAUGGCAUAUAGGAGAAGGCAUGGAAUAAGCAGAUCGGCGACGUUCAAGGAAGAGAUUGACCACUCAUCACCUGCAGCAGCAGCAGCAGCUGUAGCUGGUGACAGCGACUUCAAAACCAAAACAUUAACUUCCUCUUAUUCUUUCUCUACAACGUCUAAGGGCUUCAAUACCUCUGAAGAUUCAAGAAAUGAUUCCAAAGGGUUCUGGGGUGUUCUUGCUCGAAAAGCCAAAGCAAUUCUCGAGGAUGAUGAUGAUUUCUCUCAGGCUCAGCAAAUUGAAACUCCUGCCGGAAUGGGAUCAUGGCAUAUAUCGGAUGCCUCAAAAACUUCCCAGCAGAACCAACAACCAAGUGAGGUCUUUAGAAGAAUCGACAAUCCUAGAAUUCGAAGGGGCUUGGAUAAGCUCAACUCUUCCCUUAAUCACAUUGGUGACACAUUUGAAAAGGCUUUUGAGGAAGGUCGAACAAUUGUGGAAGGUAAAACCCAAGAGAUUAUCCAAGAAACGCGCAAUCUUAAAAUCAGGCGGAAAGGGAGUAGUCCCGUGGCAGAAAAUCAGGUUUCUGGUUUCAAUAGCACUUUGCAGCAACCAACACAACUCCAGAAUCAAACCAACCAUGAAACCCAGCUCAAGGCAUCUCGCGACGUUGCAAUGGCCACAGCUGCUAAAGCAAAGCUGCUUCUUCGGGAGCUGAAAACUGUUAAAGCAGAUUUGGCAUUUGCAAAGGAACGAUGUGCUCAACUGGAGGAGGAGAAUAAGAUCCUUCGGGAGUGUCGAGAAAAAGGGGAUAAUCCUGCAGAUGAUGAUUUGAUUCGGGUACAACUGGAGAGUCUGUUGGCAGAAAAGGCACGUUUGGCGCACGAGAAUUCAGUAUAUGCAAGAGAGAACAGGUUUCUAAGGGAAAUAGUUGAGUAUCACCAACUGAGCAUGCAGGAUGUAGUGUACUUAGAUGAGGGAGCUGAAGAAGUUACAGAGAUUGGAUAUCCAAUUAACUUCCCCUAUUCGAAAAUGCUUUGUGAAUCCCCACCCUCACCUUCAGAGGUGGUGGAGGUCAGCCCUUCCUCUUUCCCUUGUACAAGUACAAAGGAGGAAAUCUUACAUGUCACUAGUCCGAAACAGGAAGCAAAUGAUGCCUCCAACUCCAACUCACCCUCACCUACUUUGCCCACUUCCCUACCUCCUCAUCAUGGAAGAGAAACACAGGAUGCAAGAACAACGCCGCCACUAUCUUCUGUCCAAAGUUAGUUUUUUCUUUUAUAUUUUAUUUCUUAUUUGACUUUUGUAACAUGGGUUUGAUUUGAACUUUUAUCAAGGGUUUUUAAUCCUGGAAGGGUGCAGUAGGAAGGAGGGCCCUGUAUUUAUUUAUUUAUUUAUUUCUUUACUCUUUUCUUUUCAAGCCAAUGUGUGUAAUUGUGCUUCCACGUCUUUUGGUCCCUGAUUAAAUAAGAAAAUUAAAUUUGUUUUCGUGUGCA